AUGGAUAAGAGAGGGGUUGUGAUUGCUCUCAUACUGUUAAUUCAAGCAUGUGGUCCACUUGUUGCUCAGACUGAAGCCCCUGCUCCUCCUGGUCUCAUGCAGAGGCUGACAGAGAGAGCAAAGGAGGUCAGAGAGAAGGUCCAGAGGGUGGGAGGGGCAGUGGUGGGUUUUGCUGGGACCUAUUAUGAGGAUCACCUGCAGCCAGCCGCCUCCAGCUACUUCCAAUGGGCCUCGAGUUGGGGAAAAAGCCUGCGGGAGAUGCCCCCCUAUAUCAUCGAGUCCAGAUGUGAGCUCCGACUUACAGACAACUCACUUUCAGAGCGGACUGUCACCAGAGCAGCAGCAGACAUGAAUGCCAAAAUUACCUUUGCGGUCUUCCUCGCCCUGCAGGUCUCCUUGAGCCUGUGCGAAAUCCCAACACCUGACGCCGAACUCAUGGACAAAUACAAUGACCUGAAGAACACAUUCUUCAGAAGGCUCACUAACGCCUACGGCAAGCUCACAGCAGCCGCCAACGCCAACGAGAACACUCAGGCUGCCCGCGACGCCAUCACUGAGCUGCAGAACAGGGAGCAGGUCGGAGUGGCCAUGCAAGUCUUCAAGGCUGUUGGUGAGGAGAUGGAACCAGUUGUAGACAGGGUUCGUUCUGCUGCUCUGGGUACCUACGGUACAUACCUGCGUCCCUACAUCGGCGAGUACCUGCAGGACGGCAUAACCCGCGCCAAGGCCAUCCUGGAUCAAGUCCUGCCAGUGGAGAACUAA